GACACGAGCGCCUCACGCUGGAGCGGAGCGGAGGACGCGCGAGCCGCAUCUCUACGUCACGGCUUCUUCACGUGGUGCCUCUAAACAUCAUGGCGGCUGGUUUCAAAACCGCAGAGCCUCUAGAAUAUCACAGGAGCUUUUUGAAAGAAAACUGUCGUCCAGAUGGAAGGGAAUUGGGAGAGUUCAGACCCACAACCCUAAAUACUAGCUCUAUAUCUACAGCUGAUGGAUCAGCACUGGUGAAAAUUGGCAACACCACAGUGAUAUGUGGAAUCAAAGCUGAGUUGACUGUGCCACCAUCUGAUGCUCCAAAUAGAGGAUACAUAGUUCCAAAUGUAGAUCUGCCUCCACUGUGCUCUUCUAAAUUCAGACCCGGGCCACCAGGAGAACAGGCUCAGGCGGCCAGCCAGUUUAUCGCAGAUGUCAUUGAAAGUUCAGAUUUAAUAAAUAUGGAGGAAUUGUGCAUUGAAAAAUCUAAGCUUUGUUGGGUGCUGUACUGUGAUAUUAUGUGUUUGGAUUAUGACGGGAACUUACUUGACGCCUGCAUUAUAGUUCUGCUAGCAGCUUUAAAGAACGCACAGCUUCCUGAAGUCACAAUAAACAAAGAGACAGAUUUAGCAGAAGCCGACAUCCAGAAGAAGAAGCCCUUGAAGAUUCACCGGCAUCCAGUUGGUUCAUCGUUUGCAGUAUUUGAUGACUCUGUUAUCUUAGUCGACCCCACAGCAGAAGAAGAAAGCUUGUCAACGGCAUUACUGACCGUGGUAACAGAUGAGGAGGAUCGACUCUGUGCCGUCCACAAACCAGGUGGGACGUCUUUAUCUGGUGAGAAACUGCAACACUGCAUAAAUCGAGCCAUAACGAGAAACAAAGAAAUCCGCAAACUGGUGGACAAAGUCACUGAGAGCACGAAGACUGCGAAAUAACCACACAGAGUCAUGGCAUUUUUAUCUAAAAGAUGUAUUUUUCACUGUCAAUAUAUACUUUCUUUUUUUAUCACAAUAAAACUGCUGACAAAGACCA